CCUAAAUUUAAUCAAUCAAAGGCAGGCGUUUCCGAAUGGGUUGGAAAAAUAUCUCGCCAAUGGACUGGCUUCUUGUUGACAUUCUCACAGUAGUACUUCCGGAUGACAAGCGCUUCGUCAGCCUCAUGCCGACCGGUAACAGGGUGGUGAAAGUCAACGUUAGACAGUUGAAGACAAAUCAAAAUUAAAAAAUAUGCCGAGAAAGUCACGUUAAUCCUAUAAAAAUCCAUAUACCCAACCUCUGGUUAGCAACAACCUUGAGUGAUAACCGAUGUUCUGUCGAUAUGUGUAACCUAUCGAGAUGUGCUACUUAGCUGAUCUGCGCAUGGUAAAGCAAGGUUAGGGUUAGGCUGCUUUCGAUUCGCACUAUGGUAGCGUUUUUCGAUAAAGCAGCAUAAAUCGCCAGAACACCGGCUCUACAGCACACCAACAUAAUUUGCUAAUUAGCUGACUAGUCAACGUUUGGACAAGGUUGGCUCACCGCUGUUAACUUGGCAGGACUCAAGGAUGCUCCAGGGCCUGUAUGGGAGCCUGGAUAAGGACAAGCCACUCAUCAGGGUGCCAUUUACAAACUUUGCUGUUGGGACAGUCUUAUUGGCCUUUACAGGUCUGAUAAUGUGCCUCGCCAUUUCACUAAUGUAUCACUUUCAAGAAUCAACAUAUACCCACUGUAACGUAGACAACUACCUUCCAUCCAUCAGUGCGUCCAUCAGCCUCGUCCCUGAGCGCUACAUUUGGCGAUGCUGUAUUGGCCUGCACUCAGCACCACGCUACCUGGUGGCAGUUGCCUACUUUAGCUUCUAUCGUAGUCGCUUCGCCAAGAGGCUGCUUGACCUGCUGCUCAGUGGCUUGGCACUGAUCUGCAGCCUGGCUGAGAAUACCGGCCUGUUGCUUCUCACAUAUGUGGCAUCCACAGAGACUUACAGUUUCCAUAAAAAUGGCUUCAUCGUGUUCAUUAUCAGCUCUCUGCUCCACAUGCUUAUCACAUGUCGACUGUGGCAUGUCAUCAAGGCGUACUGUGUGAACCCAGAGGAGGUGACGUCAUAUCUGUGGAAGGUUCGUCUGUUCCUGUUCAAUGUGAGCUGUUGCCUUGCUGCUGCAUACUUCUUUAGACGGCACAACAAGUACUGCGAACCAGGAAUCUACACUUUGUUUGCCUUGUGCGAGUACCUGGUGGUCUUGUCCAACAUGGCCUUCCACAUGACCGCCUUCUGGGAUUUUGGGAGCAAGGUGGUGAUGGUGGCCACCCUGCCUGAGGACAAACGCUACUGAUGGGGGAGUGCACUUCAGGAACGUAAGGAACGGAGCUCCGGUGACCCGAAGUGCCAGUGUACUGGAUGUGGAACAAGACACAUUUGCAGAGGGAAAGAAUCACCCUCACACACCGGUCCCCUUGUACAUGAUCGUCUGCAAAUUGGGUCAACCUGUCACAUGAUUCGUAAUGUCUUGAUGGGAAGCAUCUUGGUGCCCUUUUCCGAUCAUUUACGUCAUAUUAGUAGGUGGUAAUGUUUUCAACUGUGGUUGAGAUUUCAGUUGUUUCAUUUCAAGAAAGAAUACUGAUGCCCCUACUGUGGCGCUGUCUGAGUGUGUUAACAGGCUCAUCCAGUGCUCUUUGUUUAAAAAUAAAAUUUUAUCAGU